AGUAGCGGUCCGGCGCUGAGCGGCGACGGGCGGAGUGCUGACGUUAGCGGCGGGUGGACUGUGGUCGGCGUGUCGGUGUGACGGGUGGACCGUGGACGAACCGGACUGUGUGAUCCACCGUGACGGGUGACGACCGCGGUGUGGCGACUGUGACGACCGUGUGACGGAUCACAGCGGUGACGAGUGGCGUCUGUGAGCUGUGAGGCAGGGAAAAUAGUGUGGUUCUCUCGGGAGCACUCAAAAGUCCGCGACAAGUCGACGAAAGUGCAGCUCGUGGUGGUGUGUGACGGGAAGGAGUGAGUUGAAAUUCACGGUGUACACUGCAGAGUCAAUAAGGUCACAGCACGAAGAUGACCUCAUCUCGUCGCGGCUCGACGGCCGAGGGCCGGCCGCGGCCCGGCCUCGACCAGCUGGCCGUGCCCGGUCAGGAGGGCAGCUCAUGGACGCGCCGCCGAUCGGACGCCGUGGCUCUGGGGGACGACCUGAUGGACCAGUUGACGGUGCCGCAGGCGCGCUGGGCACGCCGGCCGUCGGCGGUGGAGGUUAUUGACGACAGCGUGGCCGGUCAGCUGGUGGUGCCGAUCUAUGAGGAGGAGGACGCCAGCUCGGACGGGAGGCACUCGGUGGCGUCCCGGGUCACGGACGAUAAGCCGACGGCCGCCGGCCAGGCAGUGGCCAUCGGUAAUAGGUCCACUGAUGCCGGCUCUGAUGACGGCAGUGACGAGACUGACGCCAGCGAGGAAGACGUCAUGGACAGCAGUGACGUGUGCCGGCUGACGUCAGUCCUAUCGCGACUCGGCAUCGCUACAGACCUGGCCACGCUCUGGAGGAUGCCUUACAUGUGUCACAAGUACGGCGUGAGUUUCUUUGUUGUGUACCUGUUCCUCACAAUACUGAUCGGACUGCCGGCAUUCUACAUGGAGUUCGCUCUCGGACAGUUUUCCAGUCGAAGCGCUAUUCACGUCUGGAAGUUCGCGCCCAUCUUUGCUGGGUUCGGUUUCGCGAUGGUGCUGCUGUCGUUUCUGAUCGCCGUCUACGGCAGUGUGGUGGUAGCGUGGUCCAUGCUUUACCUGUUCUCGUCCAUGAAUAAAGAGGUGCCGUGGCAGAGGUGCAAGCCGGAGUGGCACAUUGAAAACUGCACCGAAGUUUAUACUGAUAAGAUUAUCGUAGAUGGCAACAUUACGGUGCUAUCAGCGGCUGCGGAAGGCGCCUCCGGGGGCCUCACAGGCAUCUCAGCGACUUUGGCCAGCUACCCGGCGCAACUGAUCGUCUCUUCCGAGGCCUUCUUUUGGUACGACGUGGCCGACCGCGCCUGUCCUGAAGACGAGAUCUGUUAUCACAACUGGCGCCUUGUUCUCUGUCUACUGGUUAUCUGGUGUUUUAUCUGUUUCUCGUUCACACGCAAAGUCAACUACAAAUCGAAGGUCCUGAACACGCUGACCGCCCUGCUGGCUGUGUUCGUGGUGGUCAUCAUCUCUGUGGGCGUGCUGGAGGAGGGUGACGGCGCCUACCGCGGCCUCAGCUACCUGUUCAGCUUCUCCUGGGACUGCCUCGGACACUCAGAGAUCUGGCUGGACGCGUUCGGGCAGCUGGUGCUCUCGUUCGGCGUCUGCACAGGCAGCGUGAUCUGCUUCGGCAGCCGGCACCGCUUCAGGCACAACCUGCGCAGAGACAUGCUGGUCAUCUUCACCAUCAAGAUGGUGGCGGCGGUGGUGAUCACCCUGGCGGCCUUUAUCAUACUGGGCUUCCUGGCCCAGCGACUGGACGAGGAUGUCGCCGAUGUCAUCCAAAAUGGCCCGGAGCUGCUGAUGGUGGUGGCCAGCCAGGCGAUGCUGCUGCUGCCGGCGCCGCCCUUCUGGUCGGCACUGUUCUUCCUGCUCCUGGCCGUCAUCGGCCACCACUACCUCUGCUUCUGGGUGGAGCCGGUGCUGCGCGCUCCGUUCGAGCUGCGCUUCGAUCGCUGGCGCAGGAAGCGGCUCCAAGUGGUGAUCGGCUGCUGCCUUCUGAUGAUGGGAGCCGGACUGGCACUGGUCGGGUCGCACGGCGUGGACCUGAUCUGCGCUCUGGACCGGCACCUGCUGACCUGGGGCCCGCUGCUGGUCGGAGCGGUAGAGAGUAUCGCGCUCUGCUGGGUAUACGGCGUACAGAGGUGGGCUGGGAACAUGGAGGUCAUGCUGGGAAACGGCCCGUCAGUCUGGUGGACAUACUGCUGGAAAUUCGUCAUCCCAGUAGUGCAUAUGAUACUGCUAGUGUUUGGUAUAGCCGACUACGCUGUGCCGCGGUACGGCGGCGACACGCUGCCUCUCUGGGUGAACGUGAUGGCGGGUCUGGUGGGGAUGGCGCCCCUCCUGGUGGCGUUCAUACUUCUUACACUGGAUGCCAUCCGGCCACUCAAAAAUGGACAGACCUCUCUGUGGCAGCCGGACGCCAGCUGGGGCCCGGCCAAGGAGCAGCACCGCUGGGAGACCUACGGCGUCACCUUCGUCGCCCCCGAGCCCAUCCUGAUGGUGCACGUGGACUCGAUCCUGAAGCCGGAGAUGUACGGCGGCAUCCCGCACGGCUUCUACCUGCACCCCAGCGCCAAGGACGCCGAGGCCAGCGACGUGCUCCGGCAGCAGGAGGAGCUGCGCAAGGCGCUGCAGCGCAGACUGAUGAUGCGGAAGCAGAUGGAGUCCGUCUCCAAGUCGGUGGUCAUCAAGGAGUGCACUACGUCCUCGGAGAGCGAGUCGCAGAGCACAGUGUCGUCUUCGAGCAGCUACGGCGGCGACCCGGGUCUGGGGCGAAGGAAGUCGAUCUUGGUCCAGGCGGCGCUGCUCCGCCGGCGUCUGGAGAGCAGCCUGUCCCGGCUGGGCUCCGACGCCGCCAUCGGCACCGGCCAGACGGACGCGCAGCGGAGAUCCAGCAGCGUGGACCCGGCGCCCCGGCUGGCCUCCAUCUCCGACCCCGCCGUGCCGCUGGACCCGAGUCGACUGAGAACCGUCACCGAAUCAGAGGAGAGUGGGUGUGACAAUGAUGGUUACGAGCACACACGGCGCACCUCGCAGCUGUGAGAGGGAGGAGGGAGAGGAUAGAGAGAGGGAGAGAGGGGGAAAGGAGAGUGUCGCCCUCUGCAGCGCGGAUGAAGAAAAACUCUUCUCGAUGUCGACAGAUUCUGGAUCAGCUGUGCCAGAGCAAAUCUAGUACCGAGAGAGACCAAGAUAAGCGUUGAUGCCAACGAAGCAGCGUCAUCAAUAGUUAUAGAGUGAUGGUCACAUUCCUCUUGAUCCUCUACCAUUCCAGAAUAUGACAGCGCUGAACUGUUGGGAGAGACUGUAGUGACUAUCGGUGAGCUGAGGAGCUAAGGGUAUGCCUUUGACCGUUUAAACGGUGACUGAGAACAUAUUUUUAUCGUGUAACAAUACGAUCGCUCCGUGAACAGCACGCUAAGGAUCCUGCCGCUCAGACCAAGAAAAAGAAUAAAACUACCCGAGAAAGACAAGCGAUGCAUUACAAGAACUGAUAAAUAUUGUGUUAUUGCGUGUGUUUUGUAGCGUACGAGUUAUGAAAUGUCAUCUGACAAGCCGUGUCCAUGACCAUAAUAUAUGUAGUAAUGACGGACUUCGAUUUGUUGCGGUAAGCUCAGUGAACCAUGCAUUCACAAGGCGCCUAUAAGCUCGAUGACGCAAGUUCACCUGACACUGGUGUCUUACGGUCAGACGAAUGGCUGUUUUUGGACUGAUUGUUAUCUGCUUGAUGCAGGCAAUAUUACCGAACUGUGCGAGCGAGCAAGAGCAAUGUGCGUUAGCCGUUGAAUACCGUCUUCAUUUGAAUCGAUGAAAUGAUGGACCAAUGUUGAGAAUCUUCCGCCCUGAGCUCGCGUAUCUUCGUCUGCAGGCACACCAGCGCUGCUCAUUGACAUGCUGCAUAACCGAAUUCCACUCUGCUUCGUCUUUAGCAGCGAUAGAGAAUGACUGCCGAGAGGUAGCAGGCAGACCGGUGAUGGAUUUACACCCGACGUAUGUUUUUUAUGGGCUUGAACUGCUCAGGAACUGUGCAAAUCGCUGUGCUUGUGUGUGUUAGGGUGUAGGAGCGAACGCGCGAAGUGCAGACGCUCAUUUGUGCGAGUUACGAUGCUCGAAGCGUUACGCUGUCUUGUAUUGCGACAAGCAAGGUAAUGAACAGCGAUAUAGGUAUUUAGUUAGCUGGAAGUCGGUGCCUUACAGGCUGUUUUGUUUGAGAUAUAAUGUCGAAGACCAGUGCUUUUGUGAUGUUACAGUUCUAUGUAAUGUUACCUACAAUGCGCGUGAGACUUACGAUUACCGCGAUGCUGCUUGGUUAACAGUCGCGUGAAUUCGUAAUUUACCUAAUCCAUAAGUGAUAAAAAUGAUAGUGGUAGCAAAAUUUGAGCUUCCAUGAUUGUGAGAAAGCGAAGAUAGAGUGGCUGGUAACGAUGAAAGGUGAGCUUCCUUGAUUGUACGGGAGCGGAAUGAGUGAAAUAAUGAUAAUAAUGCCAGAUUACCACAUUGGUGCAUGGUGAAUGUUUUUAGACGUAAGUUGCGAGCAAUAAAUCGGCGGUACUUACGAAA